AUGCCGCCUAAACAGCCUACCAACUGGCGCCUCUGGACAAAGGUCCUAGUCGGCGGCGCAGCCAUCAGCGUGGGAGGCCCCCUGCUGACCAUGAGGCUCACGCCGACCGAGGACGAGCUGCGCGCCAAGUACAAUCCCGACCUGCGCAAGAAGAGCAUCGAGACGAGGGAGGAGCGGCAGCAGGAGUUCGACGACUUCGUGACGAGGCUGAAGGAGUACUCCAAGUCGGAUAAACCGAUCUGGAUCGUGGUCAAGGAGGAAGAAGAGAGGCGCAAGAGGGCCGUGCUUGACGCGGCCAAGGUGCAGCGGCAGGAGGCGGAUGCUCGCCGCGACGAAAUGCGACGGGAGGCCGGCCUGGCCGCCAAGUAG